AUGACUACUCCUACUAUCAACACUUCCACCACUGAGUUUGCUUCUGCUGAUGAAACUCGUGAUUUGGCCGCUUCUUUCGCUGCCUCUCUCGGUCAACAACAGCAACAACAACAACCUCAACCAGGUACUGUUACUCCUCAUGCUAAUGAGGAUGGCAUCUCUGCUAGAGAUUGGGCUUUGUUCCGUGAUCCCGUUCUCCACAACGAGCGUCUUGAAGCCAUUCGCCAAAAGAAGGGCUUCAUUAUUGAUAUGGAUGGUGUUAUCUAUCACGGCUCCAAUUUAUUGCCUGGUGCUAAGGAAUUUGUUGAAUUCUUGGAGAAGAAUAACAAAAAGUAUCUCUUCUUGACCAACAACUCUGCUCCCACUCCUCGUGAAUUGCAGCAAAAGCUUCAACGUCUUGGUAUUGAUGUUACCGAAGAUCAUUUCUUCACAUCUGGUCAAGCUACCGCCUACUUCCUUCACUCUCAAAUGCCCGAGGGUGGAACCUGUUAUGUCAUUGGUGAACCUGGUCUUGCUUAUGCUCUCUACGACAAGGGUUUCUUCAUGAAUGAUCACAAUCCUGACUAUGUUGUUUUGGGUGAAUCUGCUGUCUACAACUUUGAAAAGUUGACCAAGGCCGUUCAACUUGUUCAACAAGGUGCCAAGUUGAUUUCCACCAAUUUAGAUGUAGAGACUCUCGAUUCCAAGGGCCGUAAGAUUCCUGCUACCGGUGCUUUCACCGCUUGUGUUGAAUUAGUCACUAAGACUAAAGCUUUCUUCUGUGGUAAGCCUUCUGCUUUGAUCAUGCGUUAUGCACAACGUGUUCUUGGCUUGUCUCGUUUGGAAACCUGUAUUAUCGGUGAUCGUAUGGAUACUGAUAUUGUUGCUGGUAUUUCAUCUGAAAUUGAUCCCGUUCUCGUACUUUCUGGUGUCACUGAAAUGAGUGAUCUCAACCUCUUCGCCUAUCAUCCUUUCGUAAUCUUGGGUGGUGUCUACGAAAUCCCUAAUAACGAUGAUAAGAACAAGCUUACUGACAGCGAUCUCGAAGAAGCUAGCAGACGCGCAUCUUACCUUUAA